ACAUUUGGUAACAAUGCCUAUCAAACGUCAUAAGUCAUAACAUAACCUCUAUUACUUGCCUCAGAUUCUAAGUUAUCUGAAUAACCCAUAUUUCUUGACCACCAAACCACCCUUUAAGCUAUUUACAGUGUAACGUUAUGUAUAGUUAGAUUAGAAGAUUUAGAGUUAUAUUUAAAAUGAAUAUUUUACCAAAGAAAAGAUGGCAUGUUCGGACAAAGGAAAAUAUAACAAGAGUUCGUCGAGAUGAAGCCAAAGCAGCUGAAGAAGAAAGAAGUAGAGUUGAACGUUCCAAAUUAGCAGAAAGAGAAGCACGGACAGAAUUAUUACGUCAAAAGGCUAGAAAACGUGUUUCCGAUAUAAGUCAAGAUUUUGUACCCUUAGAUGAGAAAGUUAUUGAAACAGAACAAAAAGAACAUGUAAAUUUCUUUAAAGAAGUAGAGGACGGAAUUGAUGAGUGCAAAUCAGCUAAUAAAGAUCAUGAUAAAGAGAAAAAAGAAGAACAAGAAGUGUAUGAAAAGAAAAUUGGUUAUUUAACUUACCUUGGACAAGAUACACAUGAAUCUUUGGGAACACAAAGUUGGUAUAAUGUUGCUCCUGAUAGAAGUAAAAAUGCUAAGGAGGAAGUUAAUAUGAAAAGUAAAAGCAGAUUAGAUCCAAUAAAUAUUAUUAAAAAAUUCACUACCGAUUUAAAACCUAUCAAAAAGGAAGAUAAUUUGAAGAAAAAGGAUGAGAAAAUGAUCAAUUUAAAAUAUGAUUCCUAUGUAUAUACAAAAGAAAAGCAUAAAAAACACAAAAAACAUAAGAAAAGUAGAAAGAGAAAACGAAGUACUUCAUCUGAUGAAUCAGAAAAUGAAGAAGAAAGGAUUAAUAAACAGAGGAAAAUGGAGAUUAUGAGAGCUGAAAGAUUGAAAAGAGAACAGGAAGAAAGGCGAAAAGCUGAAAUGCUUUUAAACGGAAAGAAUGAGCCUGAAGAAACUGUUAAAACCAAAGAAGUUGGAAUGAAACAGAAAUAUAAUUCACAAUUUAAUCCUGAAUUAGCAAAACAAAACUAUUAAUGUUGAUUUUGUAAUUAUUAUUAUUAAUGAAAUUAUUAGCAAUAAAAAGUUUAUUAUAGGGAAA